CCUCUCUGAGAGAAACCCUCGAGUUUCCUUCUCUCGCUGCAGAUUCGUGACCGUUCGUGCAUGUCGUCGAAAGCGGCUUCUUCCGGGGUUUCUCUGGCCACUGCGAGGAAGAAAAAUCUGCAGUCGAUGCGCAGCGCCUGCUCUCGAAGCGCUCGUCCGGUGCCCGACUGACACGAGAGAAACCGUGAAGUCCCAGCGUUCUGCGAAACAUCUGCUGUCCAGAUCUGUCGACAGUCAACGGAAGAACCAGAAGAAGAAAACGAGGAAGUCGAAGCGAAGAGAAAACAAGACAGAAGAAGAGAAAGAAGAAAGAAUAAGGAAGAAGACGCGAUUAAGAAAACCGAAGGAUCGUUGUUUGACGUUUGCGUUUCCUUCGCCUUCGGUCUGUGGGUGGCAUCAACGAAGACGGCUUCUUCAAGAGAAGAGAAGAAACGAAAAAGGCAUGCGUCAGGAUUGAGAACGCCCUACUUUCUCUUUCUUCUUCUCGGAUAAUGGUCUCUUUCUUUCCACUUCCCGUUCCGUCCCCUGCGUCGCUCGACUUCAAGCAAAUGCAUCUGAAACUCCAACAAGUUGCGCACAUGUGACCGCACACGUAUACAUGCACACACACGUACCCAUUUAUAUAUAUAUAUAUAUAAAUAUUUAUAUAUUUAUAAAUAUAUAUAUAUAUGUAUGUGUGUACGUGAGUACUCGAGUACUUCGAUGUAUGUACGCAGACCGUUGUGCAAGUUGAGUUGUCGAGGAAAGGGAGACUAAGAGAGAAGAAAGAAGAACUCAGGCGCUGGCCAAGAAGGCGCGAAGCCAGCAACGAUGGCUGUUUCCCGUUGUCGUUCUGCCUCGAACCCAGGGAGACGCUCCGGCGUCUGCCGCUCCGCUCGCCUUCCUCUCCGUCUGCUGUUCACUUGUACAUGCGUUUUCGCGUCUCUGUUCUUCGCGGCGAAUCCAGUGGAAGCUACAGGGUGGUUCUUCCGCUUCCUCCCCAUCCAACGCGAAGAGCACUUGCGUCUCGAAGGCCUCAAGGCGUCAGGGACUCCGCCCCAAGCAGGCCGUCACACGCGAGAAGAAGAGAGCGCGAGAGCGAGAGGAGAAGAAAAGGAGAGAGACAGAGAAGCAAGCGCAAGCGAGGGAGGAGAGAAGCGGAGAGAUGGCGGAGACGGCGGCUUGAGAGUGAUUCAAGAGAAGGAAACAGGACGAGGAAGUGACGAGCGCUCCGAGGAAGGACGCAGCUCCUCGAACCUUCUGCCCGGUUUUCUGAGGCGCUUCCUUCCCUCUCCGAGCUUCCAGUCAGGCCAGGUGAAUUUGUCUACCGACCAAGAAAGGAGGCUCGAGACAGACACAGACACGAACGAGGCAGGAGACCGCGAGCGCCGCGAACAGUGGGGAGGCGAAGGAAGCAGAAGCAGAGAAGCCGACAGAGGAGAACUCGAGGUUCAGGAAGGGUGGUUUCUCCAGCCCUUGGAUCACGGCAACCCCCUCGUGUUCAACAGGCUCGGCCAUGACGCAUGGCGACAGAAGUUUUACCGCGCAAAACGGAAGCGGCGGUCUUCAAAGGAAGAAGAGAGCACCGAAGUUGCAGGCCAUGCAAAAACAGAAAGGCAGAACGACUCUCUGACAGAUGAUGCCAUUCGACCGAUCUUCGUUUACAUCGGCGGAGAGGGACCUCUGUCUUCCCUCGAAGUCAGACAAGGCCUCUUGGCAGAGAUGGGCGACAUUUUCGGUGCGUCUCUGUACGCCCUCGAGCAUCGAUACUACGGAGACUCUCACCCGCGCCCGGACUCGAGUGUCGUCAAUCUUCAGUGGCUUACAUCUCACCAGGCUCUCGGUGAUCUGGCUGCCUUCGUCGCCCAUGUGAAGCAGCAAGAAGCGGAAGAGCAUCCGCAGGACCUCGCCCCUGAAGACGUCCCCGUCGUUGUCUUUGGAUGCUCCUAUCCAGGCUCGCUGGCGGCGUACGCGCGCGCAAAGUAUCCAGCGUCAAUUCUCGGGGCUGUUUCUUCUUCAUCGCCUGUCGAGGCCUCGGCUUUAUUUCAAGCGUUUGAUCGCGUUGUUCAGCGCGUCUUGCCCGCUGCAUGCACUGCAAAGGUCAAGGCAGCGACGGCGGUCGUCGAACGGCGGCUCUUCUCCGGCGAAGAAGAAGCUGUUAAAGUUGCCGCGAAGUUUGGCUGUGGUGCCGACGUUCCCAUGAAGACGCACGAUCAACGUGUGGCGCUUCUGUAUGUCAUUGCAGACGCCAUCGCCGAAUCGGUGCAGUACAAUCGCCAGCCGACGCGUCCGUGGAUAGAGGAAGUCUGCGCUUGCUUCUCUGAGACGGCGAGCGAGAGAGAAGAGACACAUGACAACAAGGGGGACAAACGCGAGAAGCGCGACAACGAAGAAGACCUCGUUAACGCGUUGGCAAAGGCUGUCCAGCUCAUGCUGGCGAAACUGAAGAUGACCUGCAAAGACUCCAACUUACUGCAGCUGACAGAUACUCGUCUAGGGCCUCAAGCCUCGGCGAGCGCGCGCCUCUGGACUUGGCAAAGCUGUGCCGAGUACGGUUACUGGCAAGUGGCUUACAAGGACAGCGUGCGGUCGCAUCUGAUUGACCUGGACUGGCACAUGCGCAUGUGCAACGCGCUCUUUCCUCUUCCCUCCGGAAGCAAAUUCAGCACGGACGUCGUCGCCGAGACGAAUGUUUGGUCAGGAGACAAGCUGGUGGCUGGCGUCGGAGCGGCCACGAACAUCCACUUCACAAAUGGAGAAAACGAUCCGUGGGCGCCACUGUCGGUUACAGAAGUUUCUCCCGUUGUCGUUGAUCGUCAGGGAUUGUCUUCCUUCACCAUACAGGACGGUAGCCACUGUAACGACUUUUACGCCUAUGGAGGAACGGAGCCGGUGGCAGUGACAGAGGCGAAGGCACGUAUCCAAAAUGCCAUUCGCGCUUGGCUGGAAGAUUUUCGAGAGAGACGCGAGCAGCAAAAACGAAAAGUAGACCCGCCGCUAACAAAGACAUUUUCUGCAACCUCCGUGGGGGGGGACAGCGAGCUCUGACGGGUGUUGCCUUUCCCAAAAGCCACUGGCCUUUGCGAGUGGAAGCCAGCGAAGCUCGAGAACGGAGAAACGCGUCCUUCGCGCUCUCGCACUUGUCUCGGCUCUCGAACUCACGAGAAAGAUCCGCGCACAGGUCAAACACGAGGCUCUCGAGAACUCUGCGGCGUCCUAGGCAAGGCUCUCCGGCAGGUGCAGCAUGCAGGGCGCCUGUGUCUGGAUCGGAGUGUUUGCGGGAGUUCUCAGUUGCUUCUAUAGGAGAGCGCGAGAAGCUAGAUUCGAAGAUGCCCGGGAGAUAGGGCGAUCUGAGGUUCAGAUUUUUCAGUGCGUCUUUCACUUUGGCAUUCGUGGAGACAGGCUUUUCCUUCCCGUCGAUCUAUGCACCCUUUCGGGGGAGCGUCUGUGUCACUUCGCGUCCCUUGUCGAGGGCUUCCUUCCACUCGAAAAAAUGGCAUGCUUUUACACCACAUUGACUUCGCUGAAGACAGCCGUAAAUGUUGAGUGAGUAUCAUAUCCUGCGGGCUUCACGUUUGCCUGGGUUCUUCGGCCGCUAGAACUUCUGAGUGAAAGAGAAACGGUUCCCCUUCCUCUGCGUAGAGCAACCGAACUCAGACUUCGACUCGUGAGCAUGUAGCACGUCAACAGGUAUAUGCGGCUGUACUGAGUAGAUGCGUCGAACCACUCACACACGGAACCGUACGUUUUUCGGUACACUAGUCCUUGUGUGGGGCACUUUAAAAAGCGAUUUGAAUGUGUACAUAUCAAUGAGUAUUUCUUUGUCGACAGUUGAGCUUAUGCGUACGUCUGUGUAUCGACGAGAACAUGACUUGUGUCGAUUUGCAGGCAGCAAGGACUGGAUUUUUCCGGCGUUCAGUCAUCCACUUAACCCACUGGAGGCUUGCGUCUCCUCUAGCAACUGUCUUCUGUGUCUCAAAACUGUUACAACGAGUCUGACUCGGUCGUGUUGUUCGUAUGCAAACAAAUUGACCUGCAUGCAGAGCGAAAGUUCGUGUCUGCAGCUUCUUCCAGAAUCGAUUCGCCUAGCCAACGGCGGACUGUGAAAUCUUCGAGUGGUGUACAGUUGCGGAGCCACAAAUCAAGUGGAGGGAGAGGUUCUGUCGCCAGCCAGGUUUUGUCUUGUGCACAAGUGACAGUGACAUUCGAAAUUUACAGCCAUGCCCUGCCACCACCAGGGUCGCACCUGGCAGAUUCGUGUUUCUAGCCGCUUGCUAAGCACAGAAUCUGGUACCCCAAAGAAAGCAGGCAUUUCUGUGUCCCCUCCGGUCUGUUUCUUCCGUGGAUAAUUCGAGCAACAUGACUUUCCGUGUUUUCUGCUUGUAGUCGAGACGCGUCGGUGAGUAUAUUACUGUUCGAUAAAUAAAUAAAUAAAUAAGUCUUUCAGAUGUC